AAUGAGUAUUAUGGGCUGUCCGUGAUUAUACUGGCCGAGGUUGUGGCGGAGAAAAAAAAAAAAAACCCGUGGGACAGAAGUAAACAUGGAGCUCUCCGCCGUCGGGGAGAGGGUUUUCGCGGCUGAAUCCAUCAUCAAGCGACGCAUAAGAAGAGGGCGGAUGGAGUAUCUGGUGAAAUGGAAAGGCUGGUCUCAGAAAUACAGCACCUGGGAGCCUGAGGAAAAUAUUCUGGAUGAACGUCUGUUCGCUGCUUUCGAUGAGAGAGAGCGCGAGAGGGAAUUGUAUGGUCCGAAAAAAAGAGGACCGAAACCAGAAACUUUCUUAUUGAAGGCAAAAGCCAAAGCCAAAAGUGAUGAAUUCCGAAGGGAAAUGUCACGAGAGAUUCGAGUUUCGUUCCCAGUCGCAGAACCAGUUGUCACACCACGAGCUCGAGAAGGUCUAAGAACAGUCGUGCCUACUAUCUUCCCUCCAAGCACUGUCAACAGGGGAGAAAGUGUCCGUGUUCGAUCACCAGAGCCAGAGAGAAGACCUCGACCUCCCUUAUCUCCAACACACAGCCUUUUGGACCCAGUAAAUACACCAAAAAAGAGAGGACCAAAACCAAAGUUGCGUUUCCCUGUUAGCGCCCCUAGCAGCAGUUAUUCACCCACUGAAUCUCUGAAGAGGAGAGCAGACGAACAUUUAUCUUUUAGUCCAGCUAAAAUGUCCAGGCCUGCUCAUCAUUCAGGAGAAUCAUCCAACUGCAGUCUUAUCCAGUUAACUCAGAGGUUUCAGGCAGAAAGUGGUAAGUCUCCAAAACAGCUUGGUUGUGGAUCGAGUGGCAGUGUUGCUCUUGGAGGCACUCUGCGAAAAACAGCUCAUGAUAUGUUGCGACAUGGCACAAAGCAUUUCUCAAGUGGCCCGUCAGUUGCACACACCAAGAGGAAACAUCUUUCCAAAAAUAGUUUAUUUCAGCCUGAUGACCUGCCCAUUGAUCGCUUGUCUCCGAAAUAUCCCGUGCCACAGAAUCCUGGAGAUGAAGAUGAGGAAUCCUGGUCACCCUGCCUAAAGAACAUGGAGAAAAUUACUGUGACAGAUAUAACCAGCAACUCGUUGACUGUAACGAUUAAGGAGAGCUCAACAGACCAAGGCUUCUUCAAAGAACAGAGAUGACUUAUGUUUUUCUUGGUCAGCUGAUGUAAAUAACUAUGAAAUAUCUAUCCAUUAACAGUCUAUGUUUCUAUAAUUUCUAGACUAACUGUAAAGCACGUCUUGCAAUCAUGUAAAUAUGUAACGGAAAAAAAUAGUCUGAAUAUACAUUUCCAUUCAUAUUUUCUAUGAAAAUGAAGUUUAUUUUUUUUACUUCCCAAGGUAUCUGUAAUGUCCAGAGAUCAUUUAGCCUUCGUCUUCAGCAGUACGGGCAUAUAGGCGCAUACUUUCAAUUAAACGCACUGCAUAGUUCAACGUGCGAAACUGCAGACUAGCAUACUAAAUAAUAGCACCACCGUGCAGCACGUGCUGUGGAUGUAUGCUGCUUAGUACGCUAGUAUGGGUUUCGCGGGUAUAGACGAUGGGCCUCUUUCAACGCACGGCACCUUUUAUCCGGGGGGAACCAGUAAGUUCCUCCUGUAUUAUCCCCUGUGUUAUUUACUGUAUUGUAUGAAUAUAGAGUUUGUGUAUAUUUGAAGGUCUGGCAUUGUCGUGUAUUAAAAAGCACAAAGUAAAUAUGAAUAUAAAUGCUGACCAAACUAUGGAAAAUUGCCUGUAGUCUGAAGUUCUUAUCAUUUUUGGUGUUCAUAUGUAUAUGUAAUAUAAUAUGUAUCUGUGACCCGCAUAUAGUUUCGAUCAAAUAGUGAAUUUUAAUGCGGUUCCGGUGCUAAAGUUGCUUAGGCUAUUUUCCGAUUAUAGCCUAUUUUGUAAACUGAGCAUGUUUUAAUAUAUCCAAAGUGACAAUUUUAUUUAUAUAGCCUAUGUAUAAUAAUAAUAAAGGCCUGUAAAAAAAAAAAAUAAAAAAAAAUAUAUGUAUAUAUA